CCAGCCCGCGGCUUACAGAAACCUCUGUGAUGGUGCUCUGCGCGAUCGACAAGACGGCACGAGUUGCUCGAAAGAACUGCACGCCUUCCAAUUCCCCUGGUGCACUUUCGUUUUUUCUCUACUUAUAGUGGCCGCGGUAGUAGUGGUGAAAGGGAAACUUCGAUCCUGUUUUCGUGUGCUGAGCUACUACAUACUAGCAGGCUUGGUUCUCCUGUAAGUACCACGAUUGAAUUGCGUCUGUGAGUGUGUAUCUUAUUCUGUUCUGUUGUGCUGUGUGUGGAAUCAACGUCAGCCAGGGCCCUCCAGUGGCCCCGGCCUAUUGCGCCCUCGUCAGCAAAAACAGAAGAUUGCUCGAGAAGCUCAACGAGAGCCGAUCGAUAUGAACGAUAUGACCUCGGACGAGCAACGGCUGCUACAAUAUGCUAGUUCCCAAGGGCAUCAGCAUCAAUACCGGGCAGUCGACGAUCCAGGGGAUGGCUUGAUAGGCACCUCAAAGAGUAUGGCCAGCAUCGGAGAUAACGAUGAUAUGUCGUGUAGCGCAGUGAAUGGGAGUGGUCAUCAUCUGGCCACACAUAGAAAGUCACCUUUAGCUGGAUGCUGCCGAUUUCCUUCACACGCCUGCGUGCCGAGCACAUCGCGAGCAGGUAGCAUCUGUGCGACUUUGGAGAAAACGGCUUCAAACAGCCCAACGACAGCAGGGAUUGUAAUGGGCGGCGAAGUAACACCCCGUCAUUGUCGUAAACUCAGUCCGGUGUACAUUGAACGGGUCGUGCUUAAGAGUGUGCUUUUGCUUGGCUUGGCAUUCACAUGUGUUCUAGCUCCUUUCUAUUGUCUUCAUUAUAUCCAGACACCGCUAUUCAUCGAAACGGGUUUAGGUACAACCAGUUUAGCUCUGUUGUAUGGUACGGGAGCCUUGUCCUGCUGGUACGCGCCGGCAUUUGUACAACACCUCUCGCCUUCGUGGGCUAUCGUUGUCUCAUUCGUGACGCAAGCGGUUUACGUGUCGACAUUCUUUUAUCCGAAAUCCUUCACACUGUUCCCGUCUGCCGUGCUAGCCGGCUCUACGCUUGGACCCCUGUUUUCGGCGCAGACGUCGUUUUUGAUGCAUCUCGUUUCCAGGGUGAGCGCCCUGACGGACGGUGCUCGAACCGGAGUCGAGCGCCGAUUUCUGCGAAUGUUCUACGCGUUAGCGAAUUGUUCCCGUGUCAUCGGAACCGUGUCGCUUUUGUUCAUGGUCGCGUGUACGGCGGACGUACAAACAUACGAACGUCCACACAGUCACACGGUGCACUCCGAGUAUUUCAAUGACGUCAACGUAGAGGCAGGAAGAGUUAGCAAGGGCUUCGUAAUGUGCAGUUCAUCGGCUUGUCCAUCGGGUCGAGUGGUGCGGAGUCCACCCACCUUUAGCAUUUCACUAUCACCACUCGUAUCGCUAUUUGUUGUUUCCGUCUUUCUCGGACUCGUUUUCACUGGCAUAGCUCUCGUCAUGUCGUUACUGGACAAGUUUCAGAUGUUCGAGUAUCAAGACCCACUGGAGCGCGCUGUAUGUGGACGUUGGCUACGCGCCGUCGCACAUUCAUUGACAGAGUCGCGCCUGAGACUUCUGUUACCGAUGGCAUUUUUCAGUGGUCUUCAACAAGGAGUCAUGAAUGCUGACUUCACGCAGCUGUAUAUUUCAUGUGCUCCAUCAUUGUAUGCGUUGUCGUUCGUCGUCCUGUUAGCAGCUGUUCUACAUCUACUAACGUCGCUGGUCCUGUUAUCCUGUCCGGGCCUAAAUCGGCCGGCUCUCGUGUUCGGCACCCUCCUUCUCAACGCACUCAUGCUUCUAUUGAUGUCCUCGUGGAGUCCACAAGCAAGCGAACAUACAGCAGCCAGCAAUCCGCUCUUCUUUAUCGUUUCGUCACUGUGGGGUUUCUGCUCGGGCGUGUGGGAGACUCUUAUGAUCACGUAUCUAAGCGGAUCAUUUGAGUGGCAUUGGGAAGCGCCGUUCUCAGCAAUGUUUAUGAGCCAUUUUGUGGGUAUGACCGUCGCCUUUGGCGCCUCGUCGACGUUGUGCCUUUCCUUCUCGCUCCUUGUGCUGUCGUUUGUGCUGCUAGCCGCUUCGUUACCGUAUGCGCUGCUCGAGAACAAGCAUCAUCAGGAUAUGCUGGCAAAGCUAACUGUGGCACAUCUUUGAAACAACAACUAGCUAAUCUUUUCAACGUUGCUCGAUGAAUUAUGCUCCAGUAACCGACCGUAAAUAUGUUAGAUAAAAGUCAUCAACACAAUUAACCUUACAAGAUAAGGAGUAUUUAGGGCUAAUUAGUCUCGCCGAGAGACUUGUCUAGGUUGUAGUCUGCUACGGAUUAACUCUCAUGGUAAAUGGCACAUAACAGAUAAUCAUACCGCAGAGUACACACAUAUAUUGAACACAGGAAAGAACCAACAUGUAUUCUAAAAGCUUAACGGGAGAAGGAUGCUUUUGGAGGGCGCGUGUCAAUGGUUCAACGACGGUAAAAUCUACCGGUCGAGACGCUGUCACGUAAGUUGACGAUAUUGGACGGUAUUGGAUAUAUGAGGACAAUGAUUUUCGGCAAAGGUCAGGAAAAAUGUUUAAAGAUUCGUGCCUCUCUGUGACUCCGGUCGCCAAACUGCCAUAAAAAAAGUAAAAAAAAAAAAGGUAAACACGACGCAAAAAAAAAAGACAAAACGA